AUGGAGGUGGAAGUACAGUUGCCUGCUAUCACAGCUCUUGCACAGUAUUACGACUCUCCGCUAAGAUGCUUCACCUUUCAAGAUUUUCAGCGGGCGCCAACUAUAGAGGAGUUUGAGCACAUCCUGGGAUUGCCACUAGAGGGCACCACUCCGUAUCAGCACUUGGAGCAUCACGCCUCCAUCCCUACCAUUGCCGCCAUACUGAAAGUACAUCCCAAAGAACUUGAAGACAGGUUGGUAACAAGGAAUCAAGUACGUGGACUGACACAAGGAUAUUUGGAGCAGUACUUGCAUCAUCUAGCUGAUGGGGAAGAGUGGGAGACUUUCAUGGACGUGUUAGCCCUUACCAUGUAUGGCGUCGUGUUGUUUCCUAAAGUAGAGGACUUUGUGGAUUAUACCGCAAUGGAUGUCUUCGUGGCAAAAAAGACGAGACCAGAGAACCCUGUAACAGCAGUCCUUGCAGAUGUUUAUGGGACCAUGAGUUUUUGCCAUGAGAGAAAAGGGAAGAAAAUUCUUUGUUGUUUGCUGGCGCUGUAUGCAUGGAUGACUGCGCGUGUAUGUAAGGGGGCGGUUGAUGUCAGGUGUCCGUCGGGAGAUCCUUCACACCAAGGGCCCAAAGACAAAGGAGGAAAUGAGUGGGCCCAAUUCUUUGCUGGCUUGAAUGGAGGAAAAGUAAAGUGGCUUCUUCCUUGGCUUGGGAUUAAGCCCUCUAUCCAUCAUUGUGGCAGCUUUCCCAAUGUACCCCUCAUAGGUACCCGAUAUUGCAUCAAUUAUAACCCUGUCUUGGUUCAAAGGCUAUUCGGACAUCCCAUGAAAGGGGCACCUUCACCGAACUACCUUACAAUAUUGUUCAUCUAUUAUGAGGAUGGGCACCUCACUGAAACGUUGAGGAAAGUUAAAAGUGCUUGGGAAAACAUUAUGCGAGCAGAAAAGGAUUGA